AUGAGAGAUGCUGCCGAUGAUGAGUUGUUCAACACGUCUUGGUGGGGCUUCUAUGCCAAGAAGUUUCCCAGACGAGCCACGUCUCUGGAGGAGUGCAAAAUAUGGGUCAUUCGGUCUGAGGGUGGAUACCCGACUUUGUGCUAUGCCGUGGGUGAGCCCAACGAGCCGAAGCACCUCUACAGCCGCCAAUACUUCUUGCUCAGGAACCAGUGGGAUGAUCGUGGAAUCCAGUACUGGUAUGCAGACGCGUGUGCCAAUGGCGUGCUCGAUGUCGCCGAUCCGGAUCAGGAUGAAGCUUCGGGGCUGAUCUCGAGCUUUCCGACUCGAAUCGGAGAAGCAGUCCUCGGUUGA